GCGCAACCUCGUCACCCUUUAACCACUUACACAUUCACUUCAUGAAUCUACAAGCCGAGUUUAGGCUCUGUUAGUAUGCCUCCUACAGACGCCCAGCGACAAGAGCAGUUCGUUCAUCCAACUGCCCAACAUGCCAAAAAGAAAGGACCGACACCAUUCAUGAUUGAGCCAAUAAAGGCCUUUUAUGUUUUUCUGAUUGCGAAUUUUAUUGCAGCAUUAUAUGCCCCAAUCCAGGAUUGCGAUGAGACUUUCAAUUAUUGGGAACCAACCCAUUAUCUUUCCCAUGGCUACGGCCUACAGACUUGGGAAUAUUCACCAGAUUUUAGCAUCCGAAGUUGGUCUUAUGUCGGACUGCAUGCUAUUGUCGGAAACAUCCGAAGACUAUUACCCCAGUCUACAAAGCUAUCCGAAUUCUUCUUCGUCCGCUAUAUCUUAGCGUUUAUCUGUUCAUUAUGUCAAGUACUCCUAUUUCGCGUGGUCAGCUUUACCCUGAACCCUCGGAUAGGCCUGUUAUUCCUUAUUGCUACGGUGGUGUCACCCGGAAACUUUCAUGCAAGCACAGCCUAUCUACCAUCUAGCUUUGCCAUGUACACCUCGCUACUCGGAACUGCCGCAUUCAUGAACUGGAGAGGAGGAAUUAAGACUUCCUGGGGUAUCUGGUGGUUUGCUGUUGGUGGCAUCCUAGGGUGGCCUUUCGCAUCCGCCCUAUGUGCCCCUUUCCUGCUGGAAGAAGGCAUAUUUGCUGUUCUUGCCCUGUUAAACGACCGUCAACGUUUUUACGAAGCCGUUAUGCGAGUUAGUAGAGGUGUCAUCGCUGCUCUCCUUCUCCUUGCGGGCGAUACGGCUAUCAAUACUUUCUUCUACAAGAAGGUUGAAGUGGUGUCGUGGAAUAUAGUGAGGUAUAACAUAUUUUCUUCGACAGGGGGUCCUAACCUCUACGGAACGGAACCGUGGACGUUUUACUUUCGAAACCUUGCCAUCAAUUUCAAUAUGUGGUUCGUUCUCGCCUUAUUAUCUCUACCUCUGUUCCUUAUACAGAAAGCGUUUUCUACGAAACAACAUGGGUUCCAGUCAGGAAUACGCACCGUGGUAUUCCUUUCCCCUUUUUACAUGUGGCUUGGCAUCUUCACUAUUCAGCCACAUAAAGAGGAGCGAUUCAUGUACCCGGUGUACCCAUUCGUCGCUCUGAAUGCCGCCAUAGGAUUUCACAUUAUUUUAUCAGCCUUUGGGAAUUCGAACCCAAAGACUCUUGUUGGGAAGAUUCCAGCACGUCUGAAACUUCUUACCGUGGCUGGUGUGUUGCUAUUAUCUCUGAGCAUAGGUGCAGCUCGCAUUCUUGGUGUGUACUUGGCCUAUUCUGCACCUCUUAAACUCUACAAACCGCUUGGAACUGGUGUAUUCGGCCAACAGGGUCGAGGUGGACGCGGUGAUCACGUAUGCUUCGGCAAAGAAUGGUACCGCUUCCCUAGCUCUUACUUCCUGCCUCGAGAUAUGCACGCAAAAUUCAUUCGAUCAGAAUUCCGCGGACUGUUACCUGGAGAAUUCUCUGAAGCGCGAACUGGCUUUGGCUUCUGGAGUGGCACAUGGCUACCGACCAAGGGUAUGAAUGACCUUAAUGAGGAGGACAUGAGCAAGUAUGUGGAAAUUGGACAAUGCUCAUUCCUGGUUGACACACAAUAUCCGGAGAGCCAUUAUCCCCUACCACCAAAUGAGCCAGAUUACAUUGCCGACAAAGAAAACUGGGAUAUCGUCAAAUGCGAACCCUUCCUUGAUGCGGGAAACACGCAUCUUCUUGCAAGAGUACUCUGGAUUCCUGAUUGGAGCUUCGUACCUGAGAAGUUUAGAAGGAAAUGGGGACGGCAUUGCUUAUUGCAGAAAAAGGGAUGAAUUAGGGCUCUUAGCCUAGGACUUGUUUUUACGCUAUUCGUGGCGGAGUUGACUAAUAGUGCAUUAAAUAAGAUGAUCGACACAGCUGAACAUUUUACCCCUCGA